AUGGGUAGGCCCUCCGAUGCAUCAUUAACACAGCAAUAUCAGCGAGGGCUUUGGCGAUGUCCGGUUUGUAUGGAUUUAUUUAAACUUUUUAAAGAUGAACAAGCACGACAACAAUUAGCUAAUCUACUAUGCCUACCAUUAAUGCCUCCAGAAUUAACAGACUAUGUUUUAAGAAAUUAUAUUGAUUGCCCAAUAUAUUCUAUUGAAAAAUGGAAUAAAUUGCAUGACGCAUUUGUGCCAUAUUAUGAAGCUAUUGAUAUUAAUCAUAUAUUUAUUUGUAUUACUACACGUCAGUUAUUAUCUGCGUGUAAAUAUUCAUCUACAUUGGCUAUUGAUUGUACAUACAAAAUAACAUGGAAUGAAUUACCUUUACUCGUUUUUGGAACAUCAGAUUUAUAUCGUCAUUUUCAUCCAUUAGGAUUAUGUUUAAUAUCAACAGAUGAAUCAGCAGAUACAUUUAAAACUUUAUUUCGUGUAUUAAAAUCAUGUGUACCACUAAUCAUUCAACAACCAUAUGAUAUUACUCAUGUUAUGGCUGAUGGUACUGCUGUUAUUUUGUAUGUACAAUCAAUAGCCAAUGUAGAUGAAUAUUUACACGCAGAUAAUAACUGA